UUCCUGUACUGCGUCUUUAAACGAUCCACUGGUUUCUGACUGGAUAUUACUGGCUGGAUUUCUGGGUAUCGCUCUGCUCUGAAAAAGCCGACGGUGUUCGGAAAGCCAUUAGAAACCUUCACCUCUGGUCAUUUCCCGUUAGAUUACAGAAUGUCAUCUUGAUGCUGUUAUACAGGACGCAUCUGAUCUGACCGUCUGCGUCCGUCAGUCUCGGGGAAGAUGGUGAAGAGGAAGAGCUUGGAUGACAGUGACCAGGAGAGUUGUGGUGGAAUACCGUUUCCCAUCCAGACCUUCCUGUGGAGACAAACCAGCGCGUUUUUGCGACCAAAGUUAGGGAAGCAGUAUGAAGCAUCCUGCGUGUCUUUUGAGCGAGUGCUGGUGGAGAAUAAGCUCCAUGGGCUUUCUCCAGCGCUCACUGAGGCCAUCCAGAGCAUUAUGCGUUGGGAGCUUGUGCAGGCCGCACUGCCUCAUGUCCUCCACUGCACCGCCAUCCUCCUCUCCAACCGCAACAAGCUAGGGCACCAGGAUAAACUUGGUGUAGCUGAAACCAAGCUACUCCACACUCUUCACUGGAUGCUGCUGGAGGCAGCUCAGGAGUGCCACCAGGACCAGGGACAUGGAUGGUCAGGGGGUGGCAGCAGUGGCAGCAGCAGUGCCUUCUUCCAGCCUUUGAGUAACCAAAGCCAUCUAGAUCGCAAUGACAGUACUCCAGAAGAGAAUGAGUAUGCUCGAGCCAAACUUUACCACAAGAACAUGGCCACUGUGGAGCUGUUUGUUUUUCUCUUUGCUCCUCUUGUCAACCGCAUUAAGGAGUCUGACCUUACAUUUCGAUUGGCUAGUGGUCUUGUCAUCUGGCAGCCCAUGUGGGAGCAUCGUCAGCCUGAUGUGCCUGCCUUCUGUGCUCUCAUCAAGCCCAUGCGCAACAUUGUUACUGCAAAGAGGAACUCUGUGGUAAAUAACCAGUGCAGUCUCUGUGCUCCCAGCAACCCUUGCCCCACAGUGGUGUGUGAAUCUGCUGUGUGUGACUCCUCCUCCCCUACAGUGAAGGGCCAGAGCUGUCGCCGUGGCAACUCGGUGGAGAGAGGAGGCACCUCACAGCAGCCAUGUGAUCGAGGCCUCACUCAAAAGAAGUUGUCAGCUCCUGGAGCUGUGCCUGUGUGCCAGCGGGCACGCUAUGCCACCUACUUUGAUGUGGCCGUACUACGUUGCUUGCUCCAGCCUCACUGGACAGAGGAGGGUGUGCACUGGGCUCUUCUCUUCUACCUGCAGCGGCUCAGACAGAUUCUGCAAGAGAAGCCUGAACGGCCACCGGAGCCGCCCACAGCACCCCUACCUCGACCACGGAGCAGCUCCAUGGUGGCUGCAACUCCAUCUCUGGUCAACACACAUAAAACACAGGACAUGACCCUAAAGUGUAAUGAGGAGGGGAGGUCCCUGAGCUCUGAGACCUUCUCCAAGAUAUCCAUUACCAACCUCAGACGACAAGCCAUCCCAGACCUCUCUACAGACAUGAGCAUGAAUAUUUUCAAAAAGUUUAAGAACCGCAGGGAGGAUAGGGAAAGAAAGGGCUCUAUUCCUUUCCACCAUACGGGGAAGAAAAGACAGCGGCGUAUGGGGAUGCCUUUCCUCAUGCACGAGGACCACUUGGAUGUGUCACCUACACGAAGCACCUUUUCAUUUGGAAGCUUCUCUGGAUUGGGCGAUGACCGGCGGCCCCUGGAGCGAGGUGGCUGGCCCUCCAGUAUCAUGGGGAAGUUGACUCGUCGUGGUAGCACAGACACAGCAGGGGAUGUGGACAGUCUCGGAGUAAAACACUCUCAUUCCCACCACAACCUGCCUGACCACUCCAACAGCCACAGUGAUAACACCAUCAAAGAGGGCGUCCGUUCCCAGAUCUCUACUAUUACUAUGGCCACCUUUAACACAACAGUGGCCUCCUUUAAUGUGGGCUACACUGAUUUCUUCACUGAGCACAUUAAGAAGCUCUGCAACCCAAACCCCAUCCCUGAGAUGCCCUGUGAGCCACUGGCUUGCUCCAACCUGCCACGCAGCCUCACUGACUCCUGUAUCAACUACUCCUGUCUGGAAGAAAGAGACAGCAUUGAGGGAACCAACAACUUUAUCCUGAAGAAUGGCAUGCUGGAUCUCUCUGCUGUUCUCAGGGCUGUGUAUGCUGUCCUUACUCAUGACAUUAGCUCACGGAUCUGCGACGUGGCCCUCAACAUUAUUGAAUGUCUGUUGCAGCUGGGUGUUGUGCCCAGCAUGUCUAAGAAGGGUGCUAAACCAGAAGACAAGGUGAAGGAGGCAGAUCUUUCUAAGGAAGGAGCCAGUCAAAGUGUAGGCGGUGCUCAUGGAGGUGUGGCUGGCAGCACAGGGGCUGUUCCCAGUGGGGGGAGUGGAGAUGGUGAUGGAGGAGGUGAUGGAGGAGGAGGAGGAGGAGGUGGAGGAGGAGGAGAGAGUGGAAGUGGAAGUAAAAAUGAUAUUAAAAACAACAAAAGCAAUAAGGAAGAGGACUCCGCCCUUAGCACCCACAGAUUAGCUCUGACUAUGCUUAUUAAAAUUGUGAAGUCUCUUGGCUGUGCCUACGGCUGUGGGGAAGGCCAUCGUGGGCUUUCUGGAGACCGUCUGCGCAUGCAGGCUCAGAACUGCCUGACCAGUCUGUACAAGCUAGAUAAAGUGCAGUUCCGGCAGACCAUGAAAGAGUACGUCAACAAGGAUUCUCUCAACAACAUAGUGGACUUUCUGCAUGCUCUUCUUGGCUUCUGUAUGGAGCCUAUCACUGACAAAUACGGCAGUGCAGGUGAGAGGUCCAGGAGGGCGAAUAAGCGAAACUUCGACAAGGCUGGCUUUGGAAACAAUUUUGCUACAGGAGGGGAUAAAUCUCUUGCCCAGAGCAUGGAGGCUGUGGUUGUGGGCUGCAUGUUCAAAUCCCUCAUAACCAGAUGUGCAUCGACUACACAUGAGCUGCACAGUCCAGAAAACCUGGGUCUGUACUGUGACAUUCGACAGCUGGUUCAGUUUAUCAAAGAAUCACAUGGCAACGUAUUUCGCCGUGUGGCUUUAAGUGCCCUGUUGGACAGUGCAGAAAAACUCAAUGCCACAAAGAAAUUCGAGGACAAAGAGGACACCAAGCCCAAUGCACAAAAAAGUGAUGAGCAAAUCCCUGGAGCUCUAUUAGGAAGGAAGGACUUCUGGAGGAAGAUGUUCAAAUCACAGAGUGCUGCCAGUGACACCAGCAGCCAAUCAGAACAGGACACAUCAGAGUGCACUACCGCCCACUCGGGCACCACCACGGACCGCCGCUCACGCUCUCGCUCCCGACGCAUCUCACUGCGCAAGAAGCUUAAACUUCCCAUAGCAUGCCGUAGGACUGUACGCCUUCCAUUCACUCUCUCCGUCCUACGCAACUGGCUAAAGCGUUCCUCUCUGUCUGGCCUGGCUGAUGGCGUGGAGGACCUCUUGGACAUCAGCUCAGUGGACAGACUUUCCUUCAUCAGGCAGAGCUCCAAGGUGAAAUUCACCAGCGCCGUCAAGCUGUCAGAAGGAAGUGCCACAGAGUUCGGCCGGGAGGAGGAGGAGAACUUCUUCAAGAGGCUCGGUAAAUGGCGGUCCGGUCGGCGGAACCCAUCCAAGCUUCACCACACAGAGGAGAAAGAUGGAUGCCAUGGAUUCCCAGAGCGCUUGGCUUCGAACCAGGAGGCAAUGAAGAAUAAGAACAUAGUAAAUCUGGGUGCCAUCAGACAGGGCAUGAAGAGGUUCCAGUUCCUUCUGAACUGCUGUGAGCCAGGAACCAUCCCAGAUGCCUCUAUCCUGGCAGCUGCACUGGACCUGGAAGCUCCAGUGGUGGCGAGAGCCUCCUUGUUCCUGGAGUGCGCUCGUUUUGUUCAUCGCUGUAACCGUGGCAACUGGCCAGAAUGGAUGAAGGGUCAUCACGUCAACAUCACCAAGCGAGGGCUUUCUCGAGGACGCUCACCUGUAGCUGGGAACAAGAGAAACAAUAAGCUGCAGUGGAACGCAGCUAAGUAUUUCUACCAGUGGGGCGAUGCGAUUGGCACUCGUCUGAGCGAGUUGUGUCACUCAGAUAGCGAGAGUCCAGCUAACAUCCUGGGCUUUAUUUAUGAUGAGGAGAGCAAAAGGAGGGCGAGGAAAGAGGAUGAAGAGGAAGACUUCCUGGAUGACAGUACUGUAAACCCCACCAAGUGCAGCUGUCCCUUUGCGCUUAAGAUGGCUGCUUGUCAGCUGCUUUUAGAGAUCACUACCUUCCUGAGAGAGACCUUUCCCUGCCUUCCACGCCCACGCACAGAGCCCCUAGUGGAUUUAGAGAGUUGCCGGCUGCGUCUGGACCCAGAGCUUGGCCGCCAUCGCUAUGAGAGGAAGAUCAGCUUUGCUGGAAUCUUAGACGAUGAGGAUGGCCAUGAUUCCCUGAACAGCAGUAGUCACACUCUGAAGUCUGACACAACAUGUGAUGAAAAGAAAUCAUCUCAAGAACCCCUGGCUCCCGCCAGGAAGAUCCGCAUUGGAGGCUCUCGGUUGCUGCAGAUUAAAGGGGCAAGGAGUUUCAAGGUGAAGAAAGGUGGUUCUCUGUCCUCCAUCCGCAGAGCUGGCAGUCUAAAGAGCACCAAGAUGUCUCGGCAGGACUCGGAGUCCGAGAACGACGCAGAGUCUGAUCGUCUGCUGUCUCAGAGCAGAGACACGGUCACUGAUAUUGGGAGCCCCUGGAGUGCUAGUGAGCCCAGCAUUGAGCCCGAAGGUCCUGGAAGCACCAGUGGAGUGGACGACUACCACCGCAACAUGUCAUGGCUACAUAUAAUGAUUCUACUGUGCAACCAGCAGAGUUUUAUCUGUACUCAUGUAGACUAUUGCCACCCUCGCUGCUACCAACGUCACAGUCGCUCCUGUGCUCGCCUCGUUCGUGCCAUCAAGCUGCUUUAUGGAGAGACUGUUGAUAGCCUGAGAGAGAACAGCUCCAGCAGUAGCAUUGGCUCCCGUGCCAAGAAGAGCAAAGAGUGCUCGGACAAGUCGUGUCUGCGGACGCCAUCUAUGAAGAGACGUCCUACUGACAGCAACGCAGAGGGGAAGAAAGACACAGGGAUGCUGAAGUACAUUCGCACACAGGUAAUGAGUCUAUCACCAGCUCCUCUUUCCCUGCUUAUAAAAGCAGCUCCAAUCCUGACUGAGGACAUGUAUGGAGACAUUCAGCCAGCUGCAUGGGAGCUGCUGCUCAGUGUCGAUGAGCACAUGGCUGCUGCUGCAGCGGCGAUGUUUCUGCUGUGUGCAGUAAAGGUUCCUGAUGCUGUCACUGAAAUGAUGAUGGCUGAGUUUCAGCACCAGGAAGCAAGUCAAAGGAUCAACUCAGUGCUCAAGUUCUACACUGUCUGGAGGUUCCGCUACCAGGUGUGGCCUCGCAUGGAGGAGGGAGCGCAACAAAUCUUUAAGAUUCCUCCACCCAGCAUUAAUUUCACUCUGCCGUCUCCUAUCCUGGGGAUGCCCUGUGUGCCCAUGUUUGAUCCGCCCUGGGUGCCAGUGAACACAGGAACUGUUCCAGAUGCAAUCACUGAAGAUCAGUCUAAAUCGUUCUCAGCUCGGGCCGUGUCACGCUCUCACCAGCGUGCCGAACACAUCCUAAAGAACAUGCAGCAGGAGGAUGAAAAGAGGAGACUGGGGCGUGAGGCCAGCAUCAUCACAGCCAUCCCCAUUGCUCAGGAGGCCUGCUAUGAGCCCACCUGCAGCCCUCCACCUGAACAAGAGGAAGAGGAAGAUGUGGUUAAUCUGGCUUCUCGUCGUCUCUCUGUGAGCCCCUCCUGUGCCUCCAGCAACUCACACAGGAACUACUCCUUCCGCAGAGGCUCGAUGUGGUCGGUGCGCUCAGCAGUCAGUGCUGAAGAUGACGAAAACACUACAGAACACACACCUACACAUCACAUGUUGCAGCCACCUCAGGCUGUGUUCCCAGCAUGCAUCUGUGCUGCCGUGUUGCCCAUAGUGCACCUAAUGGAGGAUGGAGACAUUCGAGAGGACGGUGUUGCAGUCAGUGCCGUGGCCCAGCAGGUGCUGUGGAACUGUCUGAUUGAAGACCCAGCUCUCGUUCUCCGACACUUUCUAGAGAAACUAACAGUCAGUAACAGACAGGAUGAGCUGAUGUACAUGCUUAGGAAGCUGCUCCUUAACAUUGGGGAUCUUCCUGCACAAACCUCACACAUUCUCUUCAACUACCUGGUGGGUUUAAUCAUGUAUUUUGUUCGGACACCGUGCGAGUGGGGGAUGGAUGCUAUCUCAGCUACCCUCACCUUUCUGUGGGAGGUGGUGGGCUAUGUGGAGGGCCUAUUCUUUAAAGACCUUAAGCAGACCAUGAAGAAAGAGCAGUGUGAGGUUAAACUGUUGGUCACUGCAUCUAUGCCAGGAACAAAGACUCUGGUGGUUCAUGGGCAGAAUGAGUGUGAUAUUCCUACACAGUUACCAGUACAUGAGGAUACACAGUUCGAAGCUUUGCUCAAGGAGUGUCUUGAGUUCUUCAAUAUCCCGGAGGCUCGGUCAGCAAAUUACUUCCUUAUGGACAAGCGCUGGAAUCUCAUCCACUACGCCAAGACAUAUGUGCGAGACAUCUACCCUUUCAGGAGAUCAGUGUCCCCUCAGCUCAACCUGGUCUUCAUGGAACCAGAAAAGGGGCAGGAGCUCAUUCAGAAACAGGUGUUCUCCAGGAAACUGGAGGAAGUGGGCAGAGUUCUCUUCCUGAUUUCGCUCACCCAGCGCAUGCCUGCAAUGCACAAACAGUCCCACGUCUCCUUGCUUCAGGAAGACCUGCUGCGUCUGCCCUCCUUUCCACGAACUGCCAUAGACGCUGAGUUUACUCUCUUCAGUGAGCCUCUGGGGAAAGAGCUCUUUGGCAUGGACACUUUGCACAAGGUUUUGUGGAUCAAGCUGUUGGAGGAGAUGUUUCUGGGCAUGCCUAGUGAGUACCCAUGGGGUGAUGAGAUCAUGCUCUUUCUGAACGUGUUCAACGGAGCCCUGCUGCUCCACCCUGAAGACAGUGCCAUCCUCAGGCAGUACACGGCCACAGCUAUCAACACCGCUGUGCACUUCAACCAUCUGUUCUCCCUCAGUGGCUACCAGUGGAUUCUUCCCACAAUGCUUCAGACAUACGCCGAUUAUGAAAGUAACCCAUUGCUGCGUCGAGGCAUUGAGUUCUGCUGCCGUCAGUUUUACAUUCUCCACCGCAAACCAUUCAUCCUGCAGCUGUUUGCCAGUGUGGCCCCACUGCUGGAGUUCACUACCUGCACCAGCACUGGACUGUCUAAAGGUGUAUCUGCACAGUGCCUGUUUGACCUGCUGGUGUCCCUGGAAGGAGAAACAGCUGACAGUUUGGAUGCUUUGGAGUUGGUCAAAGCUGAGAAACCACUACGUUCUCUGGAUUUUUGCUAUGGCAAUGAGGACCUAGCCUUCUCCAUCAGUGAAUCCAUCAAGCUGUGUGUAACUGUGGUGGCCUACGCACCCGAAUCCUUCCGAAGUCUACAGAUGCUGAUGGUUCUAGAGGCGCUGGUUCCUUGUUAUUUGCAGAAGCUGAAAAGUAACAGUCAGGCCCUGGAGUCAGCGUCUGUAGCCAGAGAUGAGAUUGCAGCCAUAGCCGCACUGGCCACCUCUCUGCAGGCUUUGCUGUAUAGUGUGGAGGCCCUGACACGACCUAUGACUGCACCUCAGAUGAGUCGCUGUGAUCAGGGCCAUAAAGGAGGAACUGCUGCAAACCACACCAUGUCUGGAGGACCAAAUACCAGAGAUAACCUGCACCUGCUAGAGGAGGGUCAGGGCAUGCCCCGUGAGGAGCUGGACGAGCGUUUCGCCCGGGAAGAGUUCCGACGGCCUCGAGAGUCCCUGCUCAACAUCUGCACGGAGUUCUACAAACACUGUGGCCCACGACUGAAGAUCCUGCAGAACGUGGCUGGAGAACCCAGAGUCACUGCUCUAGAGCUUCUGGAUAUGAAGUCUCAUAUGAGGCUGGCAGAGAUUGCACAUUCUCUUCUAAAGCUGGCACCGUAUGACACUCUGACCAUGGAGAGCCGCGGCCUGCGCCGCUACAUCACCGAAAUGCUGCCCAUCACCGACUGGUCAUCAGAAGCAGUGCGGCCGGCUCUCAUCCUCAUCCUCAAGCGCCUGGACCGCAUGUUCAACAAGAUCCACAAGAUGCCCACGCUCAGGUGCGCCCGCCCACAAGCUCUGUACUCCAGACGACAGGUGGAAUGGGAAGCAGCCAGCAGUCUGAUCGAAGGAAUUUGCCUGACUCUUCAUCGCCAGCCGAUAAUUUCCUUCCUCCCCCACCUGCGCUCGCUCAUCAAUGUCUGUGUCAACCUGGUGAUGGGUGUGGUUGGACCCUCCAGUGUAGCAGAUGGUCUGCCUUUACUGCACUUAAGUCCUUACCUCUCCCCUCCUCUCCCGUUCAGCACGGCUGUGGUUCGCUUAGUGGCCAUGCAGAUCCAAGCUUUGAAGGAUGACUUCCCGCUAAGUCAGGUGAUCUCACCCUUCACCAAUCAGGAGAGACGAGAGGGCAUGCUACUUAAUUUACUGAUUCCAUUCGUGCUGACUGUUGGCUCAGGAAGCAAAGACAGUCCUCAGAUUGAGCAGGCGGAGGUCUUCCUGCUCCUGCAGACGGUCAUCAACAUCCUGCUGCCUCCGCGCAUCAUCAGCACAUCUCGCAGUAAAAAUUUUGUUUUGGACGCAUCCCCGGCACACUGCUCCACCCCGGGAGACACGGGCAAGGACCUGCGCCGAGAGGGACUGGCAGAGUCGACCAGCCAAGCCGCUUAUCUAGCUCUGAAGGUGGUGCUGGUGUGCUUCGAGAGGCAGUUGGGUAAUCAGUGGUACAGACUGAGUCUGCAGGUGAAGGAGAUGGCUCUGCGCAAAGUGGGUGGUCUUGCUUUCUGGGAUUUCAUCGACUUCAUAGUACGCACUCGCAUCCCCAUCUUCGUGCUCCUGCGCCCCUUCAUACAGUGCAAAUUGCUAACCCAGCCGGCAGAGUCUCAGGAGGAGAUUACAGCCCGCCAUCACAUCGCCGACCAGCUGGAGAGACGCUUCAUCCCACGCUCUCUUUGCAAGAGCUCACUGUUCGCUGAGUUCAACAACGAGCUGAAGAUCCUGAAGGAGGCUGUUCACAGUGGCUCAGCAUACCAGGGAAAGACGUCCAUCAGUACAGUGGGCACCUCCACAUCAGCGUACCGGCUGAGCCUGGCCACCAUGUCUCGCUCGAACACAGGCACAGGGACAGUGUGGGAGCAGGACAGCCAGCCGUCUCGCCAGCCCUCACAGGACACACUUAGCCGCACUGACGAAGAGGAGGAGGAAAAUGAUUCCAUAAGCAUCCCCAGUGUGGUAAGUGAGCAUGAAGCUUUCCUACCCAGCUUAAUUACACAGCGCCGUUUCUCCAGCCAUGCCACAGGCUCCGCCUCCACACAGCCAGAGCCGGGUCUAAGCACCAUGCUGCCCAGUCACAGUGAACCCAAUGUGCUAGAUGAGUCCCAGGGGCUGCUGGAGGAGGGUAACCUGUCACGGGUCGCGAGUGUCCAAAGUGAACCAGGCCAUCACAAUCUCUUACUUCAGCCACCACUUGGUCGAAAAAGAGGUCUGAGACAGCUUCGUCGACCACUGCUGUCCAUUCCUCGGAUGCAGGAUGAAUGUCGUGGGCGGCAAGGAGCCCGGCUCUCAACCACUCGCCGGAGCAUUCAGCCCAAGAACAAAGUAGUUGAUAGAGCACACAGUGACCAAAAGAGGUCAGUCACCUUCACUGAAUCCCAAGAAGCUUCUGGAAAGUCUCCUUCAUCUACACCUACAGCUAGCACAGCUCUGCUGGGAGCGACUGGAAGCAGAAGACCAAGCCACUCCCUCACAACGUCUGCUGCUCCCUCUGAAACUUCAUCACCCUCCAUCAGAGCUGAGCAGCACAUCCCAGCACACCCACAGGCCUCACCUGUUGCUGAGAGUAAAGAAAAGCCAGACAAGGGUAGUACGAAAAGUAGCCUCUCUCCUACGCCAUCCUCUACUCCGGCCUCCAGGUCAUGCUCUCCUCUCCCUUCCUCUUUCCCGACGCUGAGCACUCCAGUUCGUCUGAACCCGGCUCAGAUCCGCGAGAGUCCGGAAGACGAGGAGACGUCGGGGCUUUUGGAAAACACAGACACCUCACUCCAUGUGCCUGAGGAGCAAGGCACAGAGAACCCUCUCCUCACCUCUCGGCUCACACCUCAUUCUCUGUCCCCUCUGCCUCUCUCUCCUGUAGAUCUGGACCUGGACGAGUCUCAUGUCUAAAUGCCUAAAACACCUUUAAAGGCUUAACUAAAAAGCAGCAGGGAAAGUCUAGUAGUGCACAGCAUUUCACUACUCAAAUAACUCAUGAGGGUACAUGCUGACGGUAGUUAUAUGUUACCUAUGAGAUUUAAACAGGUUGCCAGAUUGACGCUGUUGAUUUGUGCGUUAGUAACCUUUAAAUGCUUUGAAACUGUGCACUUUGACCCAGUUUUAUGGUAAAAAAAAAUCUGUUUACUUUGUAGAUUAAUAAAUUAUGGUAAACAAAAGUUUAUUGUAAAUGUUAGUUGCUCUGUGGAAAUUUAAACAGUGAUGUAUUCAAAACCGAAAAUGAUAUACCAAGGGAUCCAACUAAAAUUGGUGAGACUCUGGAUAAGCAGCUAAUGCGACUAAAUGAUGUCACCAGUUUAAUACUUAAACAUUAAUACUUAGUUUGUUUGUUUUUUGUUUUUGCUUUAUUACAUAACCACUUUUGACUUUGCUGGGUAUUUAAGAUGACCUGAACUACAGAGAAGUUUCUGCAGUGCUCCUGUGGUCAUGUGUAUAUAUAUAUAUAUAUAAACACACCCACCCGCCCCCGCCUGCCAUAGAUCUGAGGUAAAAGUGGUUACUCUGCACAUUACUGAAACAAACCUGCUGUAAUUGCACUGGCUUUAGAGGACUAUAGAUCUUCAUAAAGCACUGUGAGUCAACAUCAGAGCUUAUCUAUAGCAGAAAAUUAUUAAUCAUGUAGUAUUUUAGGGGUGUUCCACUAAGCGGGUUUGACUAUUAACCCCGAAAACUGGGAGCGAGUCUAGUGUCUGGCAAUUGCGCUGUGAUGCUAACAUGCUUGCUAUUCUGACAGCUGAUAAAGAUCAUUCCUUGUUAGGGAGGAUUUAGUAGAUAUCAUAAUCAAACAAUGAAAUCUGUUGAGUAAUUUCUCUUGUAACUAUAAGCAGCUGCAAAAAUCAACCCACUCAUCUCAAAUCAAGCUACAGAAACUAUGGAUCCAUGCUGUAAUUAACGGUACUGUUGUAUAAGUAAUUACCAUAUCCAUCGUCUAUACCUGCUUUAUUCCUAAUUAGGGUCAUGGGGGUCUGUUGGAGCCUAUCCCAGCACACACUGGGCGAUAGGCAAGGGUACACCCUGGACAGGUUGCCAGUCUAUCGCAGGGCCACAUAUAGACAGAACACAUACACGGGCAAUUUAGAAUUACCAAUCAACCUAAUAUUCAUGUUUUUGUACUGUGAGAGGAAACCCACACAGGCACAGGGAGAACAUGUAAACUCCACACAGAAAGGCCCCUGCCUUUUCGCACCCGGAACUCAAACCCAGGACCUUCUUGCUGUGAGGCAAUAGUGCUAACCACUAAGCCACCAUGCUACCCUAAUUACCAUAUCAUAUCAACAUAUCUCUCUGGUUUGAGUCUCUCUCUACUGGCUCCCUAUCCGGUGCAGGAUGGAAUUUAAACACUGUUUAUUUGUUUUUAAAGCUCUUUAUAGGAGAGCCCUUUCCAUUCUGUCAAUACUCAGCUCCUAUCAGUCACUCCUGGCUGUUCCAUUGUCUAUUUUAAGUCUAAAUGAUGGCUGUGCCUUUACGACUGCUUGUGCCAAGGCUGUGAAUCAGCAUACCUUUAGAUAUCAGGAACACCUUCUCAGCUACCAUUUUCAAAUCAACACUACAACAUUUCUUUUCACACUUACAUUUAUUUUGUUCUGUUAUUACUUUUCAUGUCUUAGACUUAUUCCUUAUUUAUUAUACCCUGUCCUGUAUUCUUUUUUUCAGUCCCCUCUGAAUGUAUUAAAAGGUAAGGCCAAAUCAUUUGGUUUUUAGAUAAAACAAAAAAAUUAAUGAGACAACAUAUCAGAAUAUCAGCUUUCAUUUCCUGAUAAUGUAGAUGAUCUGAUAAAACAUGGCGCCUUUGGUGGCAGGUGACCCACUUUUUAAGUCUUAAGAUUAAUAGCAUGUGGUUGCAUAUCAUUCAGUGGCAAUAACUGCAUCAAGUCGGCGACCCAGUGACCUCACUAAACUGUUGCAUUGUUUGUUUGUGCUGCUUUCCCAGGCUUGUACCACAGCUUCUUUCAGUUGUUUGUUUUGGAGGUUUCUCUCUCCAGUCUCCUCUUCAGGACGUGAAAUGCUGGUUAAUUAAAAGGUCCGGUGAUUGAUUUAGCCUAGUCUUUCUUUACGUUUGUAUUGGCAGUGUGUUUUAGUCAUCAUCUUGCUGCAUGGUGCACUUCUUUUUAAAUUGACAGACAAUGUUUCUAUAGACUUCUGAAUUCAUUCUACAGCUACCAUCAUCCAUGAAGAUUAGUGAUCCUGCUCUAGAAGCAGCCAUACAAGUCAUAAGACACUACCACCACCAUGCUUCACUGAUGAGCUUGUAUGUUUUGGACCAUUCAUUUCUCCACACUUUGGCUUUCCAUCACUGUUGUAGAGUUUAAUUUUAGGUACUCUGAAUUUCUUUGUAAUUUCCAAUCUGCCUUCUGAUUCUUACUGCUGAUGAGUGGUUUGCAUCUUGUGGUAUGGCCUUUAUAUUUCUGCCAUGUGGAGGGUUUUCUCACAGCUCACACAAUGUUUGUCAGCAACCGCUGCUUUUUUUUCUCUCCAUUGGUUGGCCUGUUUAUGUCUGGUUGUUUGUACACUAGAGGUUUCUUUCUUUUUCAGGACAUUACAAACUCUUGUAUUGUAUUGAUUUGCUGUUCUUGCUAGACACCUCUCUGGUCAUCAUGUUGUUUUAUCUAGUUUUAAAAACAAAUUCAGGCAUGGACAGCAAGAACAGACUCAAAACCACAAGUAGACAUUCAGAGUUAUUCAUUGUUUAAACAAUCGGUUUAACGGUUCACAUCUAGGUUCACAAGAAGCACAUGCUCUAAAUUUUGAUCACUCGAAUGUGGGUGGAUGUACCACAUUCAAAGCCGUAUAACUGGUCUAGAUGUGAAUAUCAGGAAAUGAUAACUGAAAUUCUGAUCCAUCCAUCUGUUUCAUCCUGAUCUCAAACCUAGUGUAAAGCAAAAACAAAGGAACUGGUCUUGCUAUUCUAAUACUGUCAAAGAGGACUAUAUGUACAGCCUUUAGGGCAACUUUUGUUAGAAAUGUUAAAUCCUUUAUCAGAAUACCAGUGAUGAGGGAAUUUUAUUUUCGCUGUGAACACACAUUGAGUGAAAGUGUGGUAAACAUACUCUGAGCAGGAGUGUUGAGCUCAAACAUGCAAAUUCAACUUAAACCCGCUUCCUGGAAUACACUCUAUCCCCACUAUCAUGUUUAUUAGAUGUAAUAUUAUUUAACCUAAGAAUUUCUAUGUACACAUUAUAUUAUGUGAUGUAGAUUACAUUUAUUUUAAAAAAUUGCAUUAUAUUAAAUAUUUAUUUUGGCUAGGGAAGAAGUAUUUUCAGUUAUACUAAUGUCAGAUGAUAUUUUCAACCAUGAGUAGUUUUCCAGACCUCGUACACACACACACACACAAACCCACCCAAAAUUUACCCCCAAAACCACAAUAACCGUUUAUCCAAGCUUUAUGCAAAAGGAUGAGUACUGCUUAAGAAUCAUAAGCUAUGUGUCGAGUUUUUCUAUUAAACACAUGGAAUUUAUUUCACAUUUUGUUUAAGUGACAGAAACUGGUCUUAUCCUACCAGCAAGUUGUGUACAAGCCCAAAAAGGUGAAUUGUGAUGUAUGUGUGUAUUUUUAUAUAUAUAUAUAUAUAUAUACACACACAUAUAUAUAAAAUCAGACAGUUAUAGUUAUAUAAUCAAACAAUGCAACAAACUGCAGUAGCUUAAGCUAACAAGGUGCCUGUGAAGAGAGAGAGAUUGUCACUGUAUGUCAUUGUUUGUGAGUGCAAAUACACAGUGUUUUAUGUGUCUACUGUUUUCUUCCUGUCAGUAACCUUGCUGCUAACUGUUGAGCUUGUGCAAUAACAAAAUAUAUAAUCCAACCUUUAA